AUGCAACUCAUCGCCUACUUCGCCGCCCUGCUCUUUGCAGUUUCCGUAGCUGCCAUGCCUGCGCCUGCAAUCUCCUCCGCGCCUGCGCCGUCCGCCGCUCCAGCUCAUCAUGUGCAGUGGCACUACGGCGCGAACUGCACGGAUCGCGUGAUCGAGACGAGCGACGACGCACGCAUCGGCGACUGCGUCUACAUCACCCAAGGUUACACCGGGCGUAGCUUCUCCUGGACCGGCGCCACCCACGGCAUCGAGUUCUUUAUUUCGGGCGGCAGCAGGGAUGUCUGCAACGGCCUUGGCAACGCGUUCUUCGAGGAGACCGGAUGUGCCACCGCGCCGCCCGGCGUCAAUUGGCAGAGCUUCCGCUUCUUGCCGCCCCCGCCAACGAAGCCCGCAGUGACGACGUCGCGGCCAGCAUCGCGGACCGUCACGACGUCGCGGCCCGCUGUACCCUCACCCCGCGGCUGA